AUGUUACCAUAUAAAAUACUACCUUUAUCAAUUCUUCAUUAUUUAAUUUAUAAUUAUAUUAAUUUGAGGGAAUAAUUUAAAUAACAAAUUUAUAAAUUAAAAAAUUGUACAUUUAUAGAAUCAGCAUUAUUUACAUUAUCUAAAAUUGAAUCUAUUAUAUCUUUAAAAUACUUUAUUUUAGAUUAAUCUAUCUUAAGAAACUCAUCAAUUUUUAGUUUUUUUAUCAGUUAUUCCGAAAAAUAAAAAUAUCUAAAUUUAUUUAACACAAUUAUAGAAAAUAAUAAUUUCUCUUAUUCAUAUUUAAUAAACUGUACUAAUUAAAUAAAAAUAAAGCUUCAUAAUUUUCAAUUUAAACUUUAUAGAAGUCCAGGAUUUUGGAGACCUAAUAAUUUUUGUGAUCUUGUGGAACCUUGUUUCAAGAAUCCUUUAUUUUGUAAUGGCAGAUAGGUAUCCCAUUAUACAUGUAAUUUAGGCCAUAUAGGAGCCUUAUGCGAAGAAUGUUAUAUAUAUAAUAUUAGGGGUCAUGGAAAUUAUUUUAAAAACUAAUGGAGUAAUAUAUUACCAUUUUUAAUAGCCUGUCUUUGGUAUAAUAUUUUAAAUAACUAUAGGACGUUAAUAUCGAUAUCAAUGUCAUUAAGAAGUAUCACUAGGUCUAACUCAUUAUAUAAAUCACUAAUAAUUGCUUCAAAAUUUAGUAAAAUACUAUUUAAACUAAAUUAAGUUUAACAAUAUUAAAUAAAUUUUAGAUCAAGAGAGCAUCUAAUUAAAAAUGUUGAUAAAUUAUAUAUGGAUAUUUAGUGUCAUUUUUACAUUUAAUAUUAGAACCUCUUAUUUUAUUGUAACAGAUUUUGAUUGCUAAAUAUCUUCUAUUGAAUAAAUCCCUAUUGUUUAUUUGAAAAUAUUGACAAUGUUAAUCAUUAUAAUUAUCCUCUUUAUUUUCACAACAUCUGGAUCAAUAUUGUAUUGAUUAAUCAAUAAACAGAAAUAUGAUAUGAGCUUUCAAAUACAUGAUAAAAGAAUACAUCCACAACUAAUAAUCUUAAGAUCCAUAUAUCUAGGAUACAUUACCCUAAAUGUAAUAGUUAUUGGAUACUUCUCGUUUGGAAAUCAAUGAUGAAAAUCUAUUAAUUGUAAUUAUAUUAUACAUCCUUAUUAAUCCUGCAUAAUUAAAAACAUAUAUGUAUAGUGCAUUCCUGGAUUGUUUUAAUAGGUGGGUUUAUUCCUAUCUUGAUAUUUAUUCUUUUGAUUGUAAAUAAAUCUCGCUUUGACAAAAUUAAGAUUAGAAAGCAUAUUCAUUAUUUAUUAAAUGAAUGCGAAUAUUAAAAAUAUUAUUGGGAACUUAUAAAAUUAUUCAAGAAAACAAUUAUAAUUGUUAUAAUGACGAAUUUUGAAACUGAUAUUGUUUUAAAAGCAUCAUUAAUUGGAUUGUGCUUAUUAGUAUAUCAAAUUUUGGCUCCAUUUCAUUAACCAUUUAUUAUUUAAAAAUAUAAUACUUUAGAUUUAUAUAGUAGUCAAAUUUGUUCAAUAUUAAUAUUUUUAGCUAAAAUCAAAUACAUUAGUGAAUAAAAUAUUAAUGAGUUCCUCUCUAUUAUUCUUCAAAUUUUUAUUAUGUUUCAUUAAACUUUGAAACCCAUUUAUUUUUGGGAUUUUAAGAAGUUAUGAGAAAAAAUAUAAAUUCUUCUUUUUGAAUUAAUUCCAUUUCCUUCUAAAAUAGAAAGUAGAAAAAUAAAAACUAAGGGAAUAGAAAUUGAAGAAGAAUAUUAUUAUAUUAAAGAAUCAUUUAAUUUAUUUCUCAAAACUAAACUCUAAACAAAUUAUGACAGGUUACUAUUUGAGUUCUUAUAGUUCAAGAAUUCAAAGUGUAAAAUCAGGUAGGUUAGGUAUCAAAAAAUUAUAUUUUGAUCUGAUUGAAUAAGAUGAAUUCACUAAAAAUUGA